CAUGCCUUCCCGGUGUCCCUGCUCCCGGCUGCCGGUCUUCCUCUCCGCCCUGGCUCCCAAAGGCGGCUCCAAGCAGCAGUCCCCAAAGACCCCUCCUCCCAGCUUGUCGGCCAAGUUCUGUCAGGGCUGCUCUUCCGGGCCCCGUCCAUCGUGUCUGCCACCCCCUGUCUGGCUGAACUGGAGCCUAUGGCAUAUGGAUCUUCCUCAGGCCGCUCUUCUCUGCAGCGUGAUGGCAUCAGUGAGCACUGACUUGGUGGCCUUCGCCUCCGAGAACGUACAAGUUGUCCUCAAGCACAAGGUAGCACAGAAGAGGGAGGCUGCUGUUUCCGAAGAAUCAGCUCGAAAACUCUCUGAAGCUGAUGAUAGAAAGCUGAGAGAAUCGUGGGCAGAAGCUGCCGAUCACGGAGCCACAGCAUUCUCCAUCUUCUACACAGUCUGUCCCUGGCUUUGGCCACUGCUGCUUCCUUCUUCACACCGACGAGCUUCAGCCCCACAGCGGGCUGCAUUUUGUCGGUGA